CAUCGACAGAGAUGGCUACCAUGAUGUCUACCAUGAUGUCUACCAUGAUGUUUACCAUGAUGACAGGUUUUCUUCUUUUGCUGUUGGCCGGUGUUACAGUGAGCAGAGUGGUGGAUCUGGAUAAGAGAGUAUACAAUGGUGUCCCAUGCGGUAACCAUGUCCGCAAGUACCAUGUGAAGCUGAUAGCAGUUAAUAAGCAGGGAAACUCGUUCUCUUCUGGUGGAUCUCUGAUCAGUGAACAGUGGAUUCUGACUGCAGGUCACAACGUGGAGCUGGGAGAGACUGUGGAAGCAAUUUUAGGUUUUCAUCCAGCAGGAACAAAAGUGAAAGCGGUGACAAUCAUAGAACAACCUAUCAGGUAUAUUGACCCGAGUGGGAGUGGGCCUCAUGACCUCAUGCUUCUGGAGCUACCUGAUGCUAAGCAUGGAUAUCCAAUUGCACCACGUACUGACUGUAGCAAAGCUCCCAAAAUAAAUGAUAAAGUCCAGAUUGCAGGUAUUGGAGACACAAAGAAAGACCCGGUUACUGGUAUAAAAGGAGUCAACUUGGAAACAACUCUCCAUUGUGGAGACACCACAGUUGUCCAGUGUGGGGCAAUCUGUACAUCUACCAUUCCAUUUUACAAUAAAAAUGAAGAAUUGAUCUGUUACAAAGAAACUCACGUGGAUACAAGCAAGGGGGACUCCGGUGGAGGAGUGGAGUUCAAAGGCAUGAUUUACGGUGUGCAUAUUCGCAGUGGUAAAAUUGCCUGUGAUACACGAGCAAGCGCUAUUAACAUCUGUGAUCUGAAAUACAAAACAUGGAUCAAUAACAUUACCGGUCUUAACAUAUUAUAGAGAUGUCUAACAUGUGUAACCUUAGAAGUCCUGUCAUUCGACAGACUAACGCAUGAUGUUAAAACAAAUGUUGAUUGACUCUUAAUUUGCAGGUGAUACAUUUACUAGCAGUUGGUUUAAAUUAAUUGUUCAACUAUUAUGACAAACCAAUAAUUUUGAUUUUAUUACUUUAAUAUCAGAAAGUAGUGUCUGAGUUAUAAAUGUUAGUUUACACAUUCUUGCUUUUGAAACUGUUGUUAUGAUCCUUUUUUAAUAUACAUUUGAAACACAAUUGUAAUAAUAGAACCCUUUUAUCAAUUCAACAGAAAUUGCACAAUAUUUAAUCAAGAAUGUAUUUUGAAAACAACAAAUGGAAAACACAAAAGUCUGUAAUUCUUUUGAACAUGCUGAUCUGUUGGUAGGUCAACCUCUGAAAAGUAUUGCACUGUAAUUCACAUGUAUCCCACAACAGCAACUUCUUGUAUAAUGUUAUAAUUUCAAAUACAAUAAAGAGUCACAUCAUUA